AUAAACUUGCUUUCCCUGGAGACCCUACGCUUUACGGUUUUCUUCUACCUCUCUCUCUCUCUCUCUCUCUCUCUUUUAUUUCUACACACAGAAGAGAGGUUUCCCACCAUUCCCCCGAUUUAGGGUUUUGCAUUGUUCAUCAAAUCCCCCUCGGAUUCAUUAUUAGACAACCAAUUAUCAGAUACGAAGCUCAACCAGAUAAGUGCUGGGCAUGUCAACAGCGGAGGCAGCAUCUGGGCCCCGAUAUGCCCCAGAUGAUCCUACACUGCCGAAACCAUGGAAGGGUUUGAUUGAUGGCAGCACGGGUGUGUUGUAUUACUGGAAUCCCGAAACCAACAUUACCCAGUAUGAAAAGCCGGCUUCUUUGCCUCCGCCUUUGCCACCCGGCCUCCCUCCUGCUACCACCACACCAAAGAUGGCUGCCAUUCCUGUUGCACAUUCGAAUGGGGUAGUGCCUCAGGAGGGGCAGCAAGUGAGCCAGUAUCCUCAACAACAUGGACAUCUAAUGGGGCAACAGAUGCCGUCCUAUUCUCAACAGCAGAGCUCGCAAAUGCCACUUGCUGGUCAUCAGCAGAGUUCUCAGUUGGGACAGGCUAUGCAACAUCACGGCCAAGUGUCACUAACGCCACAGCAUAUGAUGCAACAUCCAAGUCAGCAGAUGAUGCAGCAUCCAAGUCAGCAAAUUCCCCCGGCAUCAGCGCAGCAGGCAGGACAGCACAUCCCCCACCAACUGGGGCAACAAGCACCACCGAGUCAAAACUCACAAAUGCCACAAGCACAAGUGCAUCAAUAUUCACACCAGCAACAACUGCAGUAUAUGGCUUAUCAGCAAAGCAGUCUUCCCCAGGGCCAGCAAAGUUCCCAGCAACAGACUCCGCAUGGGCAAGCAUUGGCAAAUCAACAAUCUGCAUACCCACCAAGAGAGGAACAUGAUUUUCAACACAGAAAUCAAAGUGGUUUUUCUCCAUCUCAGUUUCAACAAGUGGGCGCAUCAUCUGUGCAGAAUCUCCCUACCGGGACUUCUUCAGUACAAAUGCCACCGAGAGCUGUUCAUCCUUCUCAACCCCAACAAUUUGGCGGCUCUUUGGGAAAUAUGCAACAGCCUUCUUCUUUUGGCCACCAGCAACAAUCAGGAACUGACUUGGUGCACCAUCAACAUGGUUCUAGGUUUCAAAAUCAAAUGGACCCAGCAAUCAUUCAUAGUCAGCAGCCUAAUAUGCCUCCCAUUGGUUUAAGGAGGAGUCAUGAAAAUAAUUUCCAGGGUAGAGUUGGAAAUGAAUAUUACUUAAAUGGUAACAAUGAAGGGCCAACAGCUACUCAGCAGCCUAAGCUUGCAGCUAUCCCAAUGACAAUCGCAAGAAGUCAGCAGGAGAUGGGAAUCAGUGGUGUCCCAUUUCAAAACGCUGCACCUAGUCAGGGCAUGCAUAACAUGUACAGUCAUGCAACAGGUGGUCCACCAUUCUCAAACAAUGGUCUGGUGAAGCCUUCAUAUGUAGGACCAACAAGUGUUCCUAGCCUCUCACCAGUUCAAGCUUAUCUUCAACAACAUGAAGUUACUGCAACGGGUGGUAAUGUUCCUGCACCGUUCAUGACAUUUGAAGAUACUGGAUUUCCGCCAGAGAUAUUGAGAGACAUAUAUUCUGCUGGCUUUGCAUCUCCUACACCAAUUCAAGCACAAACAUGGCCUAUUGCUCUUCAAAGUAGGGAUAUAGUAGCUAUUGCGAAAACCGGAUCUGGAAAAACAUUGGGUUAUUUAAUGCCUGCCUUCAUUCUUCUUAGACAGUGCCGUAAUAAUUCUCAGAAUGGGCCAACAGUGUUGGUUUUGGCUCCAACAAGGGAGCUUGCAACACAAAUACAAGAGGAGGUUUUGAAAUUUGGCAGAGCUUCCAGGGUAUCCUGCACGUGCUUGUAUGGUGGAGCUCCAAAGGGUCCUCAGCUAAAAGAAUUAGAUCGUGGAGCAGAUAUAGUUGUUGCAACUCCUGGUCGGCUCAAUGACAUACUGGAAAUGAAGAAAAUUAAUUUUGGCCAAGUAUCCCUUCUUAUACUUGAUGAGGCAGAUCGAAUGCUUGACAUGGGGUUUGAACCUCAAAUUCGUAAAAUUGUGAACGAAAUACCCCCACGCAGACAAACUCUUAUGUACACAGCAACCUGGCCCAAAGAAGUAAAAAAAAUAGCGAGUGAUCUUCUUGUUAAUCCUGUCCAGGUGAAUAUUGGCAAUGUUGAUGAGCUUGCUGCAAACAAGGCUAUAACACAGUAUGUUGAAGUUGUCCCACAAAUGGAGAAACAGAGGCGAUUGGAGCAGAUCCUUAGAGCCCAGGAACGAGGUUCUAAAGUCAUUGUUUUUUGUUCCACAAAGAGGUUGUGUGAUCAGCUUGCACGUAGUAUUGGACGUACCUUUGGGGCUGCUGCAAUUCAUGGUGACAAAUCUCAAGGUGAGAGAGACUAUGUCUUAAAUCAGUUCCGGAGUGGAAAGUCCCCAAUCUUAGUUGCCACAGACGUUGCUGCCCGUGGGCUUGACAUCAAAGAUAUAAGGGUAGUGGUUAACUAUGAUUUUCCUACCGGGGUUGAAGACUAUGUCCACCGAAUUGGAAGAACUGGGAGGGCUGGGGCAACUGGGGUCUCAUACACCUUUUUCUCUGAGCAGGAUUGGAAAUAUGCAGCUGAUUUAAUAAAAGUUCUAGAGGGAGCUAACCAGCAAGUGCCCCCAGAGGUACGAGAUAUUGCUCUACGUGGUGGGCCUGGUUUUGGCAAGGAUAGGGGUGGAAUGAACCGAUUUGACUCUGGUAGUGGCGGCGGCAUGAGGGAUGGGGGUUUCGGUGGUCGUGGCGGCAUGAGGGACGGGGGUUUCGGUGGUCGUGGUGGCACGAGGGACGGGGGAUCUGGUGGUCGUGGUGGCAUGAGGGAAGUGGAUGGCAACUUUGGUGGACGUGGGGGCAUGAGGGAUGGCAACUUUGGUGGUCCUAGAGAUGGUGCUGUCAGCAGCCGUGGUGGAAGAAAUGAUUUCUUUGGUGGGCGUGGAAACAGGGGACGGGGAUUUGGGGGUCCUGGUGGUGGUUAUUCUGGUUUUAGUAGAAAUGAUCGUGGGCCAAAUGAUCGGUACAACAAUAUGGAUGCGCGUGGAAGGGGACGCGGACGCGGAAGAUUCGAUAAUAGAAUUGAUUCUGCUGAUAGGGGCAGAGGCAGAAGUCGGAGCCCUGAAACAGUUCGAACAUGGGGAGGUUAUAGCAGUAGUAGAAGUAGAAGCCGAAGCCGUAGUAGAAGCAGAAGCCGAAGCCGCAGUCGUAGCCGUCGUCAAAGGAGUCGGAGUUGGACAAGGAGUCGUAGUCGGAGCUAUAGCCGUGGUCGUGGGCGUAGCUAUAGCCCUAGCCCUAAUCGCCGUCGUAACCGUAGUCGUAGCCCUAGUUAUGAAAGAUAUGAGAGGCCCCAUGAUCAGAACAUUGAUAAGAAGGAUCCUACAAUUCCAGAAUCUGAGGCUCCGCCUGGACCAGGAAUGUCUCCUAUGUCCCCUGGCACACAAGUCGACGCAUCUCCAAAUACCAAGCCUCAGGGGGAACUGCCAGUGGUUGAGGAAAAUACUAAACAGGAGCUGGAGGAGACCCAUACUAUCACCCAGUGACUGAACAUUCAAUUCGUGACCAUUUCUUUCUGUGGUACUAAUUUGGUUGGUUGAUGUUGGUUUUGCUUCAUUAAGUGGCUCAGUUAUCCCAAUAUAUGAAUCUGGUUUCUUACCAUGAAGAUAUUUGCAGCAAAUUGGAGUUGUGCUGCCUGGAUUUCAUUGGGUGAUAAAUGUAUAACGAGAUCAAAGAUAUUGUGAGCUGCUGUACGACUUAUGGGGAUGCGAGUGAGGUGUUGUAGGACUUCGAAUGGCUCUAGUGAAAGCUCCUUUACCUGCUAUUAUGAUCAUACUACAGUUAAAUUUGAUUAUUUGCUGGGAAAGCAACUUUAGAUUAUUUGUGCCCUGGUUACAAAAUUGUAUUAGACAAGUAGUGCACCUGCAUACUAUCGGAGGUGCUUAUUAUUUUACUAGACAUUGUCAUCAGAUUUUCUUAUUUUUUCAUAGGAAUGCUUUGAUCUUUAACUUC